UGUGUGGAGGUGGCGCGCGCACACCUGGGCUGAGGAGGCAGAGCAGUGGAGUGUCCCUCAGAGCUGGAGAAUACUUUACAGACUGACAGACAGAAAGAGUUUUAUUAUUUUAGUAAAAGUCUGUAAAUACGGUGGUUUGUUUUCUCUGAGCUUCAUCAGUUCAGCUGUUGCUUCAUCUCAGUAUUUACAGAACCGUGCUGUUCUCCACCAGAAUGGUUCUGUAAUCAGGUGCGAACACACUCCGUGUUCUUGAUCUGCUUCUGAGUGACCAAAUGAUUCGACUCUGAAUCGACUCACCUGGAGGAAGUGAAUCAAAUAAUGGGCAUGAACACAGAGAAGAAGGACCGGUGUGGGACGGUGUGCCUGAAAUACCUCCUGUUCGUGUUUAACUUCCUGUUUUGGCUAGCAGGGGGCGCCGUGAUGGCUGUUGGAUUGUGGACGUUGGUGAAGAAGAGUGACUACAUCAGCCUGCUGUCCUCCCGGAUCUACGCCGUGUCGGCCUACAUCCUCUGCCUGUCCGGGGUUACCGUCAUGGUAACGGGGGUUCUGGGCUGCUGCGCCACCUUUAAGGAGAAAAGGCGACUGCUGAGAGUGUAUUUUGUCCUGCUGCUGUGCAUCUUUCUGCUGGAGAUCCUGGCUGGAGUUUUGGCGUACAUCUACUACCAGAAGCUGAGCGAUGAGCUGAAGAGUAAUCUAAAGGACACGAUGGUGAAUAAAUAUGAGCAGACGGAUCAGGGCCACAUCACGUCAGCUGUAGAUAAACUACAACAAGAGUUUAAGUGCUGCGGCAGCCACAACUCGUCUGACUGGGUGGAGAGCAUUUGGGUCCGCACUGGCAAGUCCCGUGAGAGAGUGGUGCCCGACAGCUGCUGUAAGACGCCUGCAGCGGCGUGUGGAAAAAGAGAUCAUCCCUCUAACAUUUACAAAGUGGAGGGCGGCUGCAUUGUUAAGCUGGAGAACUUCAUUAUGGACCACUUAAAGCUGAUUGGUGCUGUGGGAGUGGGUGUGGCCUGUGUACAGAUCGUGGGGAUGAUUUUCACAUGCUGCCUCUACAGGAGUUUGAAAUCAGAGCCGUACUGAACCGCAGUCUCAAUCACACGCUUUUUAGGUUAAUGUUCCAAAUGUCAUCAUGUGCCACUACAGCAGAGGGACGUCUGUGAUUGUUUUUGUCAGGGAUGUGAUUUUUCCGCGAAUUCGCGGAAUUCCGCUUUUUUCACCUCAAAACUUGAAAAAAAAAUGUUUCCGAUUUUUCCCUCAAAUCCACAUUCGUAUCCUAUUCGUUCCGACUUUGUUUGAAAGCUGGCAGCCUCGGAUUUGCAUCUUUACGCCUCGAUCACGGAGGCUGCCAUCUUUCAACUCUUUGUUUGAAGCGAGCGCAUUCAUUGGUUGUUAGAGUGAUGGGCCAAUCACGUACCUCGUUUCAUCUCAU